CCUUGCACAGUUCGGGGACGCGCGAAGGCGGUGUGCAGAGCGAGCAACAGCGACAGCAGCCCGCAGCCGCUGUCGGUGCUGUUGACUCUGUAACAGCUGACCCUCCGCCGUCGAUGUCGCAAACUGGUGACGUAGCUGCUGCCAGACCUAACGGAAGUGUUCCUCAUGCUUCGGAAGCGCCUAACCCAACGUCUUCACUUCCACGCCCCUCUACAUCGGAAUCUACGUAUUUAUCCCCGCUGACUGUCGCGCCCGUAACUGUCGUCUUAGCUUCGCGCGCCUCCGUGCCUGAACUUCCGUCUGUACCUGCGCGCACCUUCACACCCAAAUCAUCAUCUGUGUCUGCUGAAGUGCAGGCGCCGCCGAAAGCGUUGGAAGAGCCGAAAGGCAUAGGCGACUUUCCCUCAACGAAUGGAGGUGUAUGCCGAUUCUUCCUUGCUGGCAACUGUAUAGCUACAAGGUGUAGGCAUUCACAUGAGCUCCGGUUUCCGGAGCCGGCGCCAUCUCAGAUCACAGGGGUCCGGCCUUAUGCCAAGGUUGGCGGUUCAACGGAACCGGAUGACGAACCUCCUCUGAGCCAUCUACCUUUCGCAAAUGUGGCAGAAUUAUCCGCUGAGGAGACAGUUGCGCCUGGGCAAGGUAUCAGUACUCUCCCGCCGAAGCCCACGGAGUUGUCCAUCAACGCCGUUGAGGACUACUCAGCCCGGCGCGCCGCCGAACAGAAUGGUCAGCCCAUGCGUAAAUGGGUUGUUGACCCAAGGCCGGCCAGGAGAUCGGACGAGAUAUGCAUGCGUUAUCGCAGAGGCACUUGUAGCUAUGGGGAAGACUGUCUCUUUACCCACACGCUCGCCAUUGACAACAGACGCGCCCGAGUGAGCGAUACGAAGGCACCUCUGAUUGAGACAGCGACUCAUGCCCUCCUACAGAAACUCAACGAAGUGUGCAGGUUGCAUGUGUUCGGUGUUUGCGACUGGGGAGACAAGUGUCAUCGCACGCACAUAUCACCAGACAGCCCGACCUUGGUGCUCCGGACGCCGCGGAGCGACACUACUCUGCAGAGCGGUCCAGAGUCGGAGCGGUCGCCAGUGGGGGGAAAUGUCCAAGAUGCUAUGGACGCGAAUGCUAGUCGGUCUGAGGAAGUACCUGCAGGGGGACCCGCGACCAAACGCACUUGUGAGAUCCUCAGUAUUGAGCGCCCGCAUAGGGCGCGUAGUCUCAUGAGCACAUUCGAUAACAGACCCGCUCGACGGUUCUACACGGUAUGCAUCCCUAAUCUCCGUGGGAGGUGCAGGUAUGGGGACGAAUGUUUCAAAACACAUGUACUUCCAGGCCCUGAGCAGAAUGCUUACCUACGGCCACAUGAACGGGUGGCUUCGUCAACCAACGCGAUGAACUCUCAGUCGUCUACACCUGUCCUGAAGUCACAAGAAGCCUGCUUGAACUGGUUGUUUCGAGGCACAUGCUUAAAUGGAACGAGUUGCAUGUACGAUCACCCACCCCAAAAUAGGUCAUCGAGAACGGAACCUCCUGUGGACAUCUCUUCGGGUACUGUGACACCGAUGCCUACUGGAAGCACGAGCGUUCGUGGUUAUACACCGGCGCCGAACAGGCCCCCUGGCUCGCUGGGUCUCUACGACGGCGUAUCGGAUGUAGCCACUUUGUGUCGCACGCCCGAGCACCUUGUGUCUUCAGGGAACCUACACACAAUUCCAACAGAUCAGGAACGGCGAUCACAAGGCACCACUGCGGAAGAUCUCUUGCAUGGUUUGAUGAGAAACCGCAGAACACCAACAAACAUGUCGCACCCGUCUGCCUAUGCACAGCAGGAAUCCAGUCACCUUCGCCCACAGAAGGGCGCAUUUCCGGCAACGAGGGCGAUGUCGACUCCUCACGAGGCACCUGUUCCUGAUAGAUACGGUACCUUCGGGCCACGAGCUGGCGAUUCCUCCGGGUAUUUCGACAUCCCCAGUAGCAGCCCUGCGGGUGCUCGCUUCAGGAACUCUGGCCCCCGCCUCUGGAAACAGUCGACGAAUGCUCAAGAGGAUCGACUAAGGGAAGAGUCGGCGCAAACAAACAGGGCUGAUGGCUUGAUCGAGCGUGGCGAUACCUCGUCCGAAUCCUCAUUCCAUUCCGCUCAGGAGACUCAAUUUGACUUAUCUGUUGACGCGUCCCAGUCUUCAGUUUCGUCAUUCGAUUCGCCAUGUACGCCCGCAGAGCCGUCACCACCUGUGUGCUGGGACUUCCUGCACGGAAAGUGCACUAGGCACGUCUGCCGUUACCUGCAUGAAGUGCAACGCGAUCCGGUCGGCGGUGGCGUGGAUUCUGGACGUCAGCGAGCAAUCACGAACACUCGUCCAGCGAUUCAGUACCCUCCAGAGAGUCAUCACCCUACGAAAGCAUCCUCCGCUCGCUUCUCUAGCGCGGAACAACGUGACAGUUCGCAUGAGUCUGACCAGUCGGUCCGUGUCGAGCCUUCUACGGUACCUGCGGUGCCUCCUGGGCUGGGUCUAGAGAUCAAGCGUUCGCAGCCGGUUCCCCUCACACAAAGGAGAGAGCCUCCCGCGAGCGUCACAUUGUCUGUCCUUGAUUCGACAAGAGUGACGUAUGGUCCAGGCUUCGACGUACAAACGGUCGUCACGGGGUUUGAGACGCGGCAAGUCGUAUUGAAGGACCUCCCGCUCGACGUGAGCCCUGCGGAUGUCACGGCUGCGCUCAAGCCACAUGGAGAGGUCACUUCUGUAUAUCUCCCUGAUCCAGGCAAGAAAGCUGUCGCAGCGGCCAGAGUCACAUUCGCUACUCCUGACCAAGCCGCGAAUGCUGCCUCCGCCAUCGAUGGGCUCGAGUUGUUCGGCACAACCAUCACUGCACGGUUGGGGUCCGGACAGUCCUCUCUCGUCGGUAAGGCGAGACUGGCCGACGGAGACGUUCUGCUCGAGUUUCCCUGUGCCCACAAGACCGCGUACGUCGGUUAUUCGACUCGAGCACUUGCAGAGAAAGCCAUUGCCCUCGCCAACAACACUGAGCUGAAAGGCAACUGGGUGACCGCCGAAAUCCAUGAAGGACUCCCCAUGGUUGGCGCCUCCACCAUCCGGAUCCGUGGUCUGCCCGCCAGCACCCAAGUCAAAGACCUCGGACGGUAUGGCAAAGUAGAAGGCGUCAUGCUGGAGCGUCCCAACUAUGAUUCGUCCAAAUCGGCAAUCCAUCGACUACGCACUAUUCUGGACAACUUCGGGUCAAUGUUCUCGUUCAAUGUGUUGCCGCCACCGUACAAGCGAGGGACGAUUCGCGCGUACGCUCAGUUCGAGACGCCUGCAGCCGCAGAAAUAGUAUGUGCAGCUCUGCAUAACAGACGACAACCAUUCUGCGGCCAUGGCAAGCUGUACGCUACGCACGUCCGUACGCUCGUGUACCAACUUCCUCCUGCCGUCUUCGAUGCUCUCGGUUCUGAUAUCCGUCUCCUCAAUGCUUUCAUAUGGAGAACGUUCGAACCGGGCAGCAGCAUAUCCAUUGCCGAUCGGCGUGCGACCGCAGGUCCUCACUGUCCUGUGCGCGUGAAGCUUGCUGCGGAGCGUAUGCCAGCGCUCACCAGGAUGAAGAGUCAUUUCGAUCGUCUUCUACAUGGAGACAGGGUCGAGCAGGAUGGCGAAAUUGUUUGGGAUGGCUUCUUCGCGCGAAGUGCAGGCAUCCAAUUCCUAGAGGAGGUGCAGAGGCGACAUGUGGGCGUUCUCAUCAACCGAGACAUUGCAAGGCGAAUGCUAUCGCUCUUCGGCCCAGAGUCCCAACGCAAUGCAGUUCGUUCGGUUAUCUUAACCAAGAUGGGCGAGUUGAAGAACCGGAAAUUGCACAUCAUCGACCUCUCUGGACGACUCAUCGGGCUCUUCUGGGGUGCAGAUCUCUCUGCUCUGCAAAGGCGAUUCGGAGAAGAGAACGUAUCUCUCGACCCUGUGGCACGUGUCUUGAGGGUGAGAGGGGAUGAUGCCGCUCAUGAGGCAGCCCUUCUCGCUGUCAAAGAAGCUCGCGAGCGACAUGCGAGUGACAGGCGGCAGCCUCAGGUCGAGUGUCCCGUAUGCUUCAACGAGGUGACCAAUCCCGUGAAGCUGGACUGUGGCCAUACAUGGUGCAAGACUUGUCUUCAGAAUUACCUCCGUGCGUCGGUCGACAACGGCGCAUUCCCGCUCGUUUGUCUUGGAGAUGAGGCUCGCUGCACCUCUCCGAUACCCAUCCAUGCCGCGCAGGAGAUUCUUUCGACGAACGACUUCAUGAGCAUCGUGGAGGCAUCGUUCCGCGCCUACGUCCACUCACGGCCGUCUGAGUAUCACUACUGCCCAACUCCUGACUGUUUACAGGUUUACCGCCGAACUUCCCACAACACCGUCCUGCAGUGCCCGUCGUGUCUGACACGGAUAUGUCCGAAGUGCAACUCCGAGCACCACGAGGGGUCGACUUGCAAGCUCAACGAAGCAGGCGAUCGUAUCCUCUUCGAGGAAUGGAAGAGCAGUCAUGAUGCCAAGGAUUGCCCAAGCUGCAAGGCGCCGAUUGAGCGAGAGGCGGGUUGCAACCACAUGAUGUGCAUACGGUGCAAGACGCACAUAUGUUGGGCUUGCCUGGCUACGUUCGACGCAGGAGGCGAAGUCUACGAACACAUGCGUUUGAUCCACGGAGGAAUUGGAUUAUGAGAGUUGUCGUGGGGUUGGGUUGGCGUGGCGGUCUAGCGAUAUGGCGAGUCGUUCAGUUAUUGUCGUAUCUAUGCAUGUCCCUCUGUUGCGCAAUUUGUUGUUGUACAUUCUACCCUUUGUAUCUUCCGCUGUAAUUUAUACAUGGGUCUGAGUGCGAUGUUUGUGUGCCAGUG